AUGACAACCUCCACAUUCAAGUAUCUCAACCGCUCCUCCAUCCAACCCACCACCAAACCCUGGGCCAAAGUCGACGGCCCGGGCACCUCCUUCACCCUCUCAGACCACACCAAGCCCGUAACCGACCUCCGCUCCGUCCCCAACCCCAACACCUUCACAACCGACACCUCCGGCUUCUCCGUCCACCACGCCCCCUCCACGGAAACGCUCUUCACCGACGACACCGCCAUCCGCACCGGCUACUACGACGAAGUAACCAACCUCCUCAAAACCUCCCUUCCAGGCGUCAGCAAAGUCGUCAUCUUCGACCACACCAUCCGGCGCCACGACCCCACCUCCCCGCGCCAGCCCGUGCAGCAGGUGCACGUGGACCAGACCCCGCGCGCCGCCGAGGCGCGCGUGCGUCGCCACCUCCCGCCCCAAGAGGCCGACGACCUGCUCAAGCGCCGCUACCAGAUCAUCAACGUCUGGCGGCCCAUCGGCCACCCGGCUAGCGACUACCCGCUCGCGCUCGUCGACUGGCGCAGCACGCAACCGCGGGACUUCGUCAAGGUGGACCUGAUGUACCCGAAACGCGACGCCGCCGCCGACGACGCCGCCGCCGCUGCAGCGACAAAUGGCGUAAACGGCACAGCUUCGGCCGAUGACAGUGACGACCGCGGCAAAGAAGUCCUCCCCUCCCCCUCCAGCAAGGACAGCACGGUCGGCUACGAAGUCAAAGGUGAGACUCUGGUCGUCGCGCCCAACGAUUCCCACCAGUUCUACUACGUCAAGGACAUGACGCCCGAGGAGGCCAUGUUCAUCAAGUGCUUCGACAGCCGCAGCGUGUGGAUGAAUGACGAGGGGUACGUCAGUGGAGAGGAGGGAGAGGCAAAGGUGCAGGAAGGAACGGUGCAGGGAAAGGGAGAGGGGAGGGACGGCGUGGCGAUGGGGACGGCGCAUACGGCUUUCAUUGACCCGAAGACGCCGAAGGGGAGCAAGGGGAGGGAGAGCAUCGAGGUGAGGUGUUUGGUGUUUUACGAGGAGGGGGCUUGA